AUGGAUGGUAUUCCAUGGGACCAGGUCAAGGCCGGGGAUCUGGAUGCCUUGCAGGUCGUACUCUUGUCGAGUUCGACCUCGCGCAGGCUCCGGGCCCUGCAAGAACUCCGCGACAGGAAUGGUAGGUCUGAAUUAUCACCGGAAACCCAUCAAGAUAUCCUGGAACUGCUCUUCCGAACUUAUCCUCUCUAUGUCGAUCGAUCCUCCCGACAGAUGGUUCAGCAAUGCCUCCGCUCUCUCCUCCGCAACCCCAAUGCGACCGAACACCUGAAAUUUCUCACUCAAAAAUUGCAAAUUGAGGCGGCCAGACCUGGUUUGGCUUCCACAUUUGCAUUUGUUCUGGUGGAAUGGUGCUGCAUCCUGCUGCAACAGGCCAGCGAAGAUUCGAACACACCACUGGACAUUGUGCUGGACUUGAUUGCGGUGGAUGCCAAGGCUUUGGAGAAUUGUCUUGCUCAUGAUCCCAAGCCUGCGGUCAAGCAGUCGGCUAUUCGUGUGACAAGACGUGCUUUGCGCGCCGUGUUUUCAUCUGAGAAAUGGGGCGCCGAUGCGGUGCGCCAGUCCGUCGGCCGACUGACUGCUGAUUCUACCGCAGCUUACAGAAAUGCGCCCCUUCUCGGGGUUGUAUGUGGAGUGUGUGCACGCUUACUGGAUAGAAAAUCGAUUGUCGAUGAGACCAAGAAGGACAUUCUCGCCUUUUAUAUCAAAGAAGUCGUGAGCGCAAAAACCGCCGUGCCCAAGCAUGCCUCCAAUGGCAUGUCAGACUUCUUUGAGUCCUUCGUUACCUAUGAAGAUAUCGCCACUGAGCUGAUGCCCCCUAUGGAGAAGUCCAUGCUGAGGGCACCGGAGGUGGUCCUAGGCGGCGUGAUCCAGUCUCUCUGUGAAUCCCUCCCAGAAGAGAUUGAUCUCUCAGAGUUGGUGCAAACCCGCCUUUCAAAGCACCUUUUGGCUAGCAUGAAGUCUAACAACCAGGCCAUCCGUCAAGGAGCAGCGGACUCUUUUGGUUCUUUGCUCACCCGGUGCAAGACUGGACCCUUGGCUGUGAAAAUCGCGGGUGAAAUAAUUGGCCCUCUGAAAACCAACAAGGUUACCACCCCUGAACACCGUGUGGCCUACGCCCAGGCACUUGCGGCUGUUCCGCCUGCGGUAGAUGUCUCGAAGGAGAUUGCCCAAGGAUUUGGCCUCGUCUUCUCACGCGAGUCAAAUGAGGCUGCUUUGGAGGAGGAGAUUAAAUCUUUCAGCAAGCACCUUGCCUACCUUGUUCAAUCUACGGUCAAAGUCGGCGAUGAUGUUACCAACACUAUUGUCAAGGGUAUCUCUGACAAGCGAGUUCCAUUCCGAAAGAUUUGGCAACUCAAUGUGGGAGAAGUGCUUUGGAAGUCUGAGCUUGAGGCUUUAAAGAGCGCUGAAAUCGCGCCCCUUGUCACAAAGUUCCUUGCUAAGAUGAAGGACAUGUUUAGCGAGGUUGCUUCCAAUCCGCUUCCCUCGGCCCAGAGCGGUGCCUUGUCAUCUGCUUACCUUUUCCUUGCUCUUUUCCACCGGGUCUCUGACGUUCAAGGGUCAGACAAAUCCGCUUGGGAGGAACAUGUGACUCAGUCGAUGACAUUGAGCCCGAAGCCGUCUUUCCUGCUUAACCCUAAGGCUUACUCCAAACUAGGGUCCAAAGAAGAGGUUCAAUGGUUCGUCAGGGCAUUAGCCUCUGUCGCCUCGGAAUCCAAGUUCUCUGGUUUCGAAGAUGCGUCCAAGACCGCUUGGGCCCAAUCCUUCAUCUACACCAUUACCGCGCCCACCAUUCCCUCGAAAUUCCGUGAUAAUGCUGUGGAAACUCUAUCCCGUGUUUACUUGACUGAUGUGGCAUCCUUUGGUCGCAUUGUCAUCAAUGCACUCUGGGCUUGGAUCUUGUCCUUCCGGAUCUCCGAAAAGGAAUCAGCAGCUGUCUCCGCUGGUCCCGAAAGUGUGCGCCAUCUCCAUUUGGUUUUGAAGGCUCUUUGCCCAUCUGCGACUGGCCUAGAAAAGCCCGUGGACGCUACUGAGCUCCAGAAUCAGCUCAUUGAGAUUCUGGUCUUGAGCCGGCCCGAGUUGGUCCCCAACACUUCGUGGAUUGCUUUGUGCUUGAAGACUGGCACGGAUCCAGGAGAUCUUGUCCGCACUCACCCUGCUAAAUGUAUUGAGCAGUUGGUUGGCGUCAACGCAGACCCCGUGCAGUCGGCGGUACCAGAUGUCAAUCUUGCCAUUUGGAGCGCCGCGGCGGAUCUGGCAUUUGUUGCACCCGAUGCUAUGAUACCGCGUCUUGUCGAUCAGAUCAAGGACGAUCUGGAUGCCUCUCGCCUCUCCAAGUUUACUGCCACAGAUGCUGCCAUUUCGCGCACCCCGGAGGGAACCGCCUUCGUCGAUGUGCUUAGCAGCAAGUCGAAACAGCCCACCUUCGAUAAGAGCACCAAGGAUUAUGAUACCCUGAAGUGGGAAGAAGAGCUUCGAGCUCAAUUGGCUGCAAAGAAAGGACAACAGCAGAAGAAGCUUACGGCUGAGGAGCACUCUAAGGUUAAAGCCCAGCUCGCUAAGGAGGCGAAGAUCCGCGAAGAUGUUCAACAAGAAAUCAAGCGCAUUGAAAGAGGAGCAGGUCUUAUCAAGGGUCUGGCAUCUGGCCCCUUGAACGAUGUCGAGGGAUGGAUCAAUGCUGCCGUCAGCUGUUUGCUAGCACAAGCCCAGGCUGGCGCAGGUCUUUUUGUCGGUGACGUUGUCUCCCGCGCGUUCGUCGCUUGUGCCGACGAGGUGUCCUCUCGCCUUGGAAACCUGCGAUCUUUCGUGGGUAUCGCAACCCUGCGAGCCAUUGGCAACACAAACCUCCCUGCUGAAAUGGAACUGGAGCCCCUCGGACAACUUGUAACAAGAAUUCUGUACCGCUUGCGCUUUGCCUCCGAACAACGUCCUUUCGAUACCGCUUCUCUUGCCUACGUUCUUCCGCUUAUCUCUUUGGUUCUUACCCAGAAUGGUAUCGAUGAGGCGAAGGGAGAAGAAGAAGGCACACAGGUUCUUCUUGCCCUUGAAUUCCUGUCCUUCCACUCUGGAUCUUUCACCGACACCCGUCUUCCUCGCGUUGAAGUUCUAAGCCAGCUCCUGUCCGCUAUGCAAAGAUACACCCAGCACUACAAGCUGGUCAAGGAUACAUUGUUCGAUUUCUGUCGGUGCAUCUCGCCGAACAUCAGCAGUGAAGAGCUUGAGACACUCCUGGAAGGAAGCAUCGUUACCGAUGCAUCUGUCCGGACAUCUGUACUUCAGGUCAUUGAGGCUGAGAUCGAUUUGACUGACCUCGACUUCUCUGAACAUAUUUGGCUUGGCUGCCAUGACACCGUGGAAGAAAAUGCCAAGAUUGCAGACACAAUCUGGGAAGACAAUGCACUGGAAGUGGAUGACACUACUUUCAGUAAGAUCAUGAAGUAUCUGGACUCCAAGGACUAUCAGCUCAGAGGUUCUGCUGCCCGUGCAUUAGCACAUGCAAUUGAAUUUGACAAGAGCAAGUUUGGUGGCAUUUUGUCGGAACUGCAGUCCAAAUACACUGAGGAAAUCAAGCCUAAGGUCCCUGAGAAGGACGCCUAUGGCAUGCCCAAGAAAAUGGACAAUGUUGACCACUGGGAGGCUCGCAGUGGUAUUGCACUCGCGUUCAGUGCCAUGACCAAAGAAUUUUCCGCGGACGACACUGUCUCCUUCUUGCAAUUCCUCAUCGAAAGAGGUCCUCUCCUCGAUUCGAACUCCCGGGUCCGCCACCAGAUGACAGAGAGCGGUAAAUCCGUCAUCACUAUGCGCGGCCAGCCAAAGGUCGAGGAGAUCAUGAAGCUAUUGCAAACGACCCUGGAAACUUCGGAUAAGGAUUCUGAGAGCUCCGACAAGCUGAAUGAGGCUGUUGUUGUGCUUUAUGGAUCAGUGGCGACCCAUCUCAAGGCCGAUGAUCCUCGUCUCCAGACCGUUAUCCAGAAACUCCUCGCGGCCCUUGAAACACCUUCAGAGUCUGUUCAGUACGCUGUAGCUGAGUGUCUGCCCCCGCUGAUCCGAUUGAACAACUCCAAGACGUCGCAGUAUGUGGAAGAAGUCCUCGAGCCGCUUCUCAAUGCCAAGUCCUAUCCUCCUCAACGUGGUGCUGCUUACGGUCUUGCGGCUAUCGUGUGCGGUCAAGGUAUCGCAACCUUGCGGGAGUUCCGAAUCAUGAGCUUGCUCAAGGAAGCUACCGAGAACAAGAGAGAACCGAGUCACCGAAAGGGUGCUUUGUUGGCUUACGAGCUGUUCGCUACUGUCCUUGGACGCAGCUUUGAGCCUUACGUGAUCCAGAUUGUACCCCAGCUUCUCAGUGGCUUUGGUGAUACCAGCAUUAGCGUCCGUGAUUGCUGUCUUGAGGCCUCCAGAGCAUGCUUCCAAAACCUCAGCUCUUACGGUGUGAAGCAGAUUCUCCCAACUCUUCUCGACGGUUUGGAUGAUACCCAGUGGCGUAGUCAGAAGGGUGCUUGUGAUCUGCUUGGAGCUAUGGCCUACUUGGACCCCCAGCAGCUUGCGGCUAGCUUGCCUGAUAUCAUUCCACCUCUGACUAUUGUUCUCAAUGAUACCCACAAGGAGGUCCGUAGCGCAGCGAACCGCAGUCUUCAGCGCUUCGGUGAGGUUAUCAGCAACCCCGAAGUCAAGAGUUUGGUUGGUGUGCUUCUGAAGGCUCUCAGCGACCCGACCAAGCACACGGAUGAGGCCUUGGACUCCCUGAUCAAGGUUUCCUUCGUGCACUACCUCGAUGCCCCUUCGCUUGCCCUUGUUGUACGCAUUCUCGAGCGUGGUCUUAGUGACCGAUCCAACACCAAGCGGAAGUCGGCACAAAUCAUUGGUAGUUUGGCCCAUCUUACAGAGCGCAAGGACCUCAUUUCGCACUUGCCGAUCAUUGUGGCCGGUCUCAAUCUGGCUAUUGUUGAUCCAGUUCCCACUACCCGUGCUACCGCUUCCAAGGCCCUUGGUUCGCUCAUCGAGAAGCUUGGAGAGGAUGCUCUGCCCGAUCUCAUUCCCAACCUCAUGUCUACUCUUAAGUCGGAUACUGGCGCUGGCGACCGACUUGGAUCUGCUCAAGCCCUUUCCGAAGUUCUUGCGGGUCUGGGUACAACCAGGCUCGAGGAAACUCUGCCUACUAUUCUCCAGAACGUGUCCAGCUCCAAGGCCUCUGUUCGUGAAGGCUUCAUGACACUCUUCAUCUUCUUGCCUGCCUGCUUCGGUAACAGCUUUGCCAACUACCUCAGCAAGAUCAUUCCCCCAAUUCUUGCCGGUCUGGCUGAUGACAUUGAGGCCAUUCGAGAGACUGCUCUCCGGGCCGGUCGCCUACUUGUCAAGAACUUCGCUCACAAGGCCAUUGAUCUCCUGCUUCCCGAGUUGGAGCGUGGUCUAGCAGACGACAGCUACCGCAUCCGUCUCAGUUCCGUUGAGCUGGUCGGCGAUCUCCUCUUCAGUCUUACUGGUAUCACUGGAAAGACCGAAGGCGAGGAGGAAGAGGAGGAAGCCACCCAGGCUGGCCAAUCCUUGCUGGAGGUUCUCGGAGAGGAGCGCCGCGACAAGGUUCUCUCAGCUCUGUUCAUCUGUCGCUGCGAUACCUCAGGUAUGGUCAAGACUGCGGCUAUGGGUGUCUGGAAGUCGCUCGUCGCCUCCCCCAGGACCCUCAAGGACAUGGUCCCCACCUUGUCUCAACUCAUCAUUCGCCGUCUCGGAUCGACCAACAUGGAGCAGAAGGUUAUUGCCAGCAACGCUCUUGGCGACCUUAUCAAGAAGGCUGGAGAGUCCGUCCUUUCUACCUUGCUGCCCUUGUUGGAAGAUGGUUUGCAGACCUCGCCCGACGUGGAUGUCAAGCAGGGUAUCUGUAUUGCUCUCCGUGAGCUCAUCACUGCCGCUUCCCCUGAUGCUCUGGAGGACUUUGAGAAGAUUCUCAUCUCCACCGUGCGCGUGGCUCUGGUCGACAACGACGAGGAUGUACGAGAGGCUGCUGCCGAGGCCUUCGAUUCCCUGCAGCAGAUCAUGGGCAAGAGAGCCGUGGAUCAGGUUCUGCCUUACCUUCUCCAUUUGUUGAGAAACGACGAGGAUGCCGAGCAGGCUUUGUCCGCCCUUUUGACACUCCUCACGGAGCAGACUCGUGCCAACAUCAUCCUCCCCAACCUCAUUCCUACCCUGCUCACGUCGCCAAUUUCUGCUUUCAACGCCAGGGCCCUGGCAUCGUUGGCCGAAGUUGCAGGAUCUGCCAUGACAAGAAAAUUGCCAACUAUCCUCAAUUCUCUCAUGGAUGGUAUUAUCGAGACUACCGAUGAGGAACUCCGCACAGAACUCAGCAACUCCUUCGAUACAGUGUUGGUUUCUGUGGAUGAGUACGAUGGUCUGAAUGUCGCCAUGAACGUGAUGGUUACUCUCGCCAAGCACGAUGACCACCGUCGUCGCUCUGCGGCAGCUCUCCAUCUCAACAAGUUCUUCUCGGAGGCCGAACAAGACUUCUCGCGCUACUACCAGGACUUGAUCCGGGCCCUGUUGAUCUCUUUCGACGACCGGGACAAGAAUGUCGUGAAGUCGGCAUGGACUGCUCUCAGUGGUCUCACCUCCCACAUCCGCAAGGAAGAGAUGGAAGUGCUGGCCAUUCCUACUCGACAGAUUCUGCGCCAGGUUGGCGUGGCUGGCGCCGAUCUGGCAGGCUUCAGUCUCCCCAAGGGUAUUAUGGCCAUUCUGCCCAUCUUCUUGCAGGGUCUUCUCAACGGUACCACCGAUCAGCGUACUCAGUCGGCUCUUGCGAUUUCGGACAUUAUCGACCGUACCCGUUCCGAGUCAUUGAAGCCUUUCGUUACUCAGAUCACUGGUCCGCUCAUUCGUGUUGUGUCGGAGCGUUCAGUCGACAUCAAAUGCGCUAUCUUCUAUACGCUUAACAAGCUGUUGGAGAAGAUCCCCCUGGCCGUCAAGCCUUUCCUGCCUCAACUUCAGCGUACAUUCGCUCGUGGUCUGGCAGAUUCCACUAGCGAGACACUGCGCAACCGGGCUGCCAAGGGUCUUGGUAUCUUGAUUACGCUGACGCCCAGAGUUGACCCACUUAUUGCCGAACUCAUUACUGGAUCGAAGACUACCGACAUUGGUGUGAAGAACGCCAUGAUGAAGGCUCUCCAGGAGGUUGUCGGCAAGGCCGGUGCCAAUAUGAGCGAGGCUUCCCGACAGGCAAUUCUUGCGCUCAUUGAUGAUGAUGCCAGUGACCAAACUGACGCUGUCGCCAUUACCAACGCACACCUGCUUGGUGCUCUCGUCAAGGUCCUUCCAGUUGAGAGCGCGGUCCCUCUUAUCAAGAACCGUAUCCUCAACGGUACUCUCUCCCACGCCUCGGUUCUUGGGCUCAAUGCCCUCUUGGCCGAAUGCCCCGAUACUCUGACAGAAAAUUUCUCUGUCGAGCUGCCCACGGUUAUCUGUCAAGGCAUUGCCAACAAGGACAAGCAGCCCUUCGUGUCCGAUAACAGCGCCCUCGCUGCAGGCAAGUACCUUUUGUCAAAUGAUGGCAACCAUGCCUUCGAAGCAAGCAAGACCAUCUUCGAAGCCCUGGCACCUGCCAUUCAGGCCGGCAAUCCAUCCGACACCCGCCGUCUGAGCUUAGUGGUGAUCCGGACAGUCAGCCGUCUGCAUCCCGAGCUUACUCGGCCUCACCUGGGUCUGCUGGCCCCGCCUAUCUUCGGCAGUGUCCGCGAUCUGGUGAUCCCCGUCAAGCUCGCCGCGGAAGCAGCCUUCUUGUCUAUCUUCUCGGUUGUUGAGUCCGACAGCGAGGUGUUUGACAAGUAUAUGGCCGGUCCGGGUGCAUCUCUCCCGCCGGGUCCCAAGCGCAGCAUGUCUGACUACUUCAAGCGCAUUGCCACUCGUCUGGCUAACCAGGCGCGUGAGCGUCGGGAAGCUGAAGGUGGCGAGGGUGGCUUGGGACUGUCGAACGAUGAAAUCGAUGACGAGAAGGAAUUGUGGAGCAUUGGCAAGGUUGAUCUUGGUGAAGCCUUUGGCGAUGAGUGA